AUGCCUUUUCUUGACAAAUAUUUUCAGCAGCUUGUGGAUCUUUUAGAUGGCGAGGUUACUAUAGAUCAAAUAAAAGUUGUCUGUGUUUUGGUCGGUGCAUAUCCGGCUGCCUUAGGUCUUCGCUUUAUACGGAAACCAGAACUCCGACAUUUAUACAAUAUAGCUGCCUCCCUUUUCAUCUUUUUGGGCGUCUUUGAUUUAUUAGACGCUGUUCGAAUAUUAUGUGUAAACUCAUUAGUAGUUUACCUCAUAAUGCUAAAUAUACGAAAUCACUGGGGUCCUAAACUUAGUUUCAUAUUUCUCUUGCUCCAUAUGAGCCAGAGUCAUAUUUAUCGCCAAUUACUUGCGGUAUCUGUCUCUGAAUACGAUGCAACAGGACCAGAAAUGGUCAUUGUCAUCAAAUUGUCUUCCCUUGCUUUUUGUAUAUUUGACGGGCAGAAUCUAAAUUUGAAGGAAGUGAAAGUAGAUCAAGAAUCUGAGGAGCAAUCUCUUAACCCACGCCAAAAAACUUCCACCAACCGUAUAAUAGAUAGUUCCAUAGAUAUCACCAAAUAUACUCCGAGACAGCUUAAAAAAGCUGUCCCGGUAAAUAAAUUCCCGUCGCUCCUCGAGUUUUUUGGGUUUAUUUUUUAUUUCCCGUCCGUUGUGGUUGGUCCUGCUGUUGAAUUUGAAGAUUACCGACAAUGGGCAACCUCCUCGGGUGAAUUUGAAAAGAUGCCAGAUGAUUUCGGUUUCAAACAAGCUGUGUCCAAGCUUUGGUUUGGCUUCUUUAUAAUUGCUAUGUCCUUCGCCUUUGGUAGCCGUUAUCAAAUAGCGUGGACCCUAACGGAUGAGUAUAAAAAACUUAACAUUAUUGACCGAUGGCUUGCUCUUGUGCCAGAUUCCGCUUUUAUAUCGUCUGGCUUAUGUCUGAAGGUUCUAUGA